GUUCCUGAAAAUGACGAUGUUCAAGUCGUUGAACUCCAAGUUCCGUCUUCAACUGCCGAGUCCUCUGCACCACGCUCUCCAAGUCCUGCUUAUUCUACACACACUGUUAAUAACGAUGACAUAAUAGAAUCAGAACCCAUUCUUGAACAUUUAAAGGAUACUGAUUCAACAGAUAAUGAUGAACUUACAGAUAAUGGUAACACUAGAAUUCCUAUAUUGGGUUCGAUAAAGAGACAAGUAGCACCAGUAUCUCUGCCUAUUGUUACUGACGGA